UCAUGCUAUGGAGGCAGGAGUAUUACCAAUUCGCUAGAAAAAGAGUACUAUUCUGGAAACUGACUUUUUUCCAGGUGUCCUGCACUCAUUCCAGGGUUUAGAGUUAGACUUACAAUGGGCUGGGCGUGGUGGCUCACGCCUGUAAUCCCAGCACUUUGGAAGGCCAAGGUGGGUGGAUCACGAGGCCAGGAGAUCGAGACCAGCCUGGCCAACAUGGUGAAACCCCGUCUCUACUAAAAAUACAAAAAUUAGCCAGGCGUGGUGGUGUGCUCCUGUAAUCCCAGUUACUUGGGAGGCUGAGGCAGGAGAAUCGCUUGAACCCAGGAGAUGGAGGUUGCAGUGAGCCGAGAUUGUGCCACUGCCCUCCAGCCUGGGCGACAGAGGGAGACUCCGUCUAAAAAAAUUAAAAAAAUGAAAAAGUUAGACUUACCAUGUUGCCCCCCCUUUUCAACUAAUCUUUAACAUACCCCACCCAAGUUUUUCUCUUCUCAUCCUUACUCCACUUUUUGGCCACACCUGCCACUUCUGACCUCAUAAUCCCUUAACUGCAGCCUCAGGCCCCACCCCUGGGGAUACUGGUUAUCCACAACUAUCAACAGCUCUCUCCUGCCUGUCCAGCCUGGGCAUCCUCAGCCUAUGAAAUCCAUCUGCCUCUCCAGUCCACCAACCCUAUAGGCCUAUUUGCCCCACACGAGGCCUCUAGAACACCCUCCUUCUGCAUGACUCCUCAGGGCACUUUGUGAAGAGUGAGGCGAUCUUGGGGGCAUGUUCAUCUUCAUCAAACAUGGAGAUAAUCAGCAGUUUCUGGUCAAUACCAACUGUUCUGUCGUCGUGUUGCUGUAUUACAUCUGCAGUAAAGUAAAGUUGCCUAAAACAAACACCAUCGAUUUGUGUGAACAAAUGGGGAAAAUGAAGAUGCUUUUCCUGAUGAAGCCCAACCAUGCAGAGUAUGCCAGCAAAUACCUUACAGCUCGAAGCACCUACUACGUUUGUAAGGUGGAGCGUGGGCCACCAGGAACCAGGCUGGAGAAUGCUUACACAGCUUUUGUGCCUCUUCUCAAGAAUCCGGAGCCUUGGCUGCUUGUUGCACUGCAGAUACAAUGUGAUGCCCUGGAGAGGAGACGAAUUCAGAUACUUAAAAUGAAAGAAGCCAAGAAGGUCGUUAUAACUGAACCCCCUGCAAGUGUUCCGUCCAAGCAAUCAGGACAAUCAGACAAAAAGAAGUCCACUCGCAAGUCUCCGACCUUUAGGAACAGACCAGACUUCAGGAAGAAUAAAGGUCGCCAACUCAAUAAAACCACCAAGCAAAAGAAGUAAUACUAGGUGUGAAAUUACUGGAAUUUAACGUGAGAUUUCUUUUUCUAGAAAGACUGCUUCUCCCAAUAUCUGCACUAAGGGUUGAGUAUGUACGCCCCAGGCACCGAGGGGGCU